UCUUGCACAGAUGCUGUCCUCGCAAUUGAUUCAACCGCUAGCCGCUCUCACAUUGCAGACAGCAUCCUUCACUCACCCUAACGCUCACUGACAAGCUCAUUGACUUCUGCAAUUUGUUCAUCUGCCAAGCCCACGUGACCGCACAGGCUGGCUUAUAAACAGUCCAGACAGCCCUCCACUUGGUCUGACAAAGAACCAACAGAUCAACCGCGAGAGGCGUGGAGAUAUAACUUUUAUACUCCGAGUCUAGCAUCCCUACGAUGGCGACCACAACGACCACUAAUAAGCAUGACGAUUACUGGAAGCUCAUCCCGGACCAAUACAAGAUGACGGUGAAGGAGAUGCGUACCGAACUCCAACGGCGCAACUACCCAGUCGGCGGCAUUACCGACAAAGGACAUCUCAGGCACUGCCUGUACCGCUCCGACCGUGGCCGAUUAUCUCACCAUACCCUCACCAACCGCGAGCUAAGGGAACGGAUCGCGAGCCGCAAGAUUGAUGCUUCCGAAGUCAUCAGCAAAUAUCGUAAAGGGCCACGAGAGGAGUUGUUGCGGCUGCUCGAGGACGACGACAUGCAUCCCAAAUUCCAUCGGUUCUCUGAGCUGCCACCCGAGCUACGGGUCAAGUUGUAUGAGUACUAUGUCGGAGAGUUUCGGCAGCCAAUAUAUGCGCCAAGCCAGCCGCCUCUCAGUAAGACCUCGAGUCUGCUGCGCCGGGAGCUCCUACCGAUAUUCUACGCAUCGUGUAGCUUCAAAAUCCGGCUCACGCGCACGGACGGACGUGAGCGAGCUUUGGUCACCAUGCCCACGCGGAUGCUCCUGUUCUUGCAUGGUACUCGGCCAGAACACUUUGCUCUGAUCAAGGCGAUCCACAUCUGUGUAGCUGCCGGACCGAUGAGCUUCAGGGCAAGUGGUCAGGACGACUUGAUGAAAGUGCUGGAGAUGCAGAUUACACUUCCAACAGACGAGAAAGACGCUGUUUCGGUGGAUCUGCCGCAUCGCGACACACUUACACAACUAUCAACACAAUCGGUGAGAUUUGUUCGCAGGUUAGACAGAGCGGUCCGCAAGCUCUUCGAGGCGGUUAUGCGCCGCGGUAAGAACAAAGUCACGCGCGAGGACAUCUUUGCGCUUCGGAGGCUGUUCGAGGCGAAGCAGGACUGAAGCAGUGGAGCGCCAUUGUCCACAAGAGAUUGGUGACCUCAGGGUAGAGCGCCUCCAACGGUGGAGACUGGUGCAUUGGGAAUGCAAGCAAUAUGCAUAGCCCGCAACCGAGUACAAUAUGUAGCCUAGAAACAUGCAGAGCACAAGGACUAGCAACUUCUCUCGAUGCUCGGAUAUGGAGGUGUUUAUGGACGAAGAA